GAUACGAGCGAGCAAGUUACAGCAAACCCACAAGACGUCGUCUACAAUUCUGUGUUUUUACAAGAAAAUGCACGCGUGUCAGUGGCGAUAAAGUACAGUUUGUUGUUAGGUAUGUGGUUGUUUUUUCAUCGGUCCAUCGCAGUUCCACACAUUGGACUUCAGUGACAGGUAACGUUAACGUUAAGGAGGUAACGUUAUGCUUUCAGUUUGCUUAGGUCAAACUUUUUGGCGAGCGCUUGGCGUCGUGUCUCCUAUUCAACCAGCAUUUGAGUGAGGGGCUACAGUGCAAAAUAUCUUUUUCGUGAUAUCUAUUUCGUCUCAUUGAAAGGUUAAUGAACAGCAACAUAUCAAGUUCUUUGACAAGUGCUGCGUUGCUCAGAACGGGUUGCCAGAUCCUUCAAGUCCUUUGUGUAAUGCAGAUAUGUAGUCGUUCUUUUGCAUUAUCUGUCUUCUGUUCUAUAUCUUUACUAUAGCCUGCUGACAAAAUUUUACACAAUUUCUAUUACACAUAAUUUAAUGGAUUUAAAGGGAAUGGGCUCAAAUAUAAGCUAAAGUGGUCGGGUCUCUACUGGUAAUGUGUUGGGAUCUGGAGGGUGGGAACUGGAAGAAUUUCCAAAACCUACUUUUUAAGAUAAAUUCGUAUAGGUUUUAAUGUUAUACAGUUGGUGGUUCAUCAUUUGUAAUGGAAAACAUUAAAAUCUGUAGACAUUUUGUAUAAACUAUAUCAAAGUAUACCUAUAUCACAGUGUCCGAUUUUAACAUUGCACUACUGAACAGCCAGGGGUGCCGCCUAGAAAUUCUGGGCCCUAUGGAAACCAACAUUUCUGGGCCCCCUACAAAUAGGAAAAUAAAAAGGGGGUCUGCUCUUCUGGGCCCUAAAUCAGCCUGGGCCCUUAGCAUCGUCCAAACCUUCCACCCCUUUACGGCGGCCAUGUGAACAGCACUAUGUUUAAUGUUAUACGAUACUGUCAUACAAUAGUCCAGUAGAAUGCCUUGUGUGGUCGUGGUGGACAGUUCAAAGUGCAAAAGAUCAGUAGAUGUUUCAUUGAUCAUGCUUGAUUUGUAUUUCUCCAACACCAGUUUGUUGAAUGGGGAUAUGUUUACCUGAAACUGAGCCUGCAUCUUGUACUGUAUGUGAAUCAUUAAUUUCUUUAUCAGAAGCCUGGUUUCUAUGUAAAAUUCUGCCUGAGUGUUACUGCUUUAAUUUAUGCGUUACAGUUCACCACUGACUUGCAACUGUAUCUAAUUAUAAAAUGGGUCUUUUAUUUAGUUGCUAAAAUCUAGUGUCAUCCAUUUGUACUGGAUGAGAUCGAUGUGAAGAAUUCCAGUAAUUUGAGCAGAGGAUAAUCAAAUCCUUUGAGGAAAUGGGACUUUUCCCUGCAGUUUGUGUCACACUUCAAACCACUAAAUAUAAUUUUCAAUGAUGUUGGGAGUGACAUGUUUUUUAUGCUGUUUUCUGGACUCGAUGACACCGAUGCUUACAGGAAUAUGCAAUAAUGGUAAUGGUGUCAGUUGACACAGGCAUUUGUAGAACACAAUAGUUUAUAUUCAUUAGAUUGUUUGGCUGUUGUCAGUUUUGUUCUUUGUUCGUUCUAUUGUUUGUUUGUUUUGUCUUUGUGCUAUGUUACCUUCACAAGUCAAAUUCAGUUGAAGUGGUGUUAUAAAGACAUUUUAUGUCAGUCCCCUCAGACAUGGACCAUAAGGAUGCAUUUGCAGCGUUGCAGGGGGUUUGUUCGGAAGUGAUCGUUGCUCUUAAUGGAUCCCCCAAUUCUUCCCAUGGUGACCACGCCGAUCGUAUUUUGGGAGUGAUGAGGCAGAUUCAGGAACACGGCCGUUCUGUCGAACCAUUGAUCGCUGGCUUUACUUCUGUGUAUCACCACUUUGACUUAGAUGCUGAGACACCCGGCAAUGGAUAUCGGACCUUAGUGAAGGUUGUACUUUCUUGCACCACCCACAUCAUCCAGAAAGCACGUUACAUCGCCUCAAACUGCAGCGGGCCAUUUUUUCGAAUGGAGCACAAUGCAGCAGAAAUGGAGGCGUACUGUAGUGCCCUGUGUCAGCUGCGGGCAUUGCUUUAUCUGGCACAGGGUUUGUUAAAUGACAAUGCCUAUGGGCAGCUCUUGUCACAUGAGGAAGGGGGGCUGAGUGAGAAAUUUGCACAAGAAUACAUCUCCAUGCACAAGGCUUGUUUCUACGGCCGCUGCUUGGGCUUCCAGUUCUCGCCUUCUCUCAGGCCGUUUCUGCAGACGGUGGUCAUCAGUAUGGUGUCCUUUGGUGAAAACUACAAGAAACAGAACACUGGCCUAGGCAUAGCUGCUCUCUCUUUCUUCACAUCCGGCAAAUAUGUGAUGGACCCUGAGCUGAGGGGAGCGGAGUUUGAACGCAUCACUCAAAACUUAGACAUGCAGUUUUGGAAAAGCUUUUGGAACAUUACUGAGACUGAGUUGUUAUCAGGUUUGUGCAGAAUUGCUUCCAUUGUGGUGCAGGUGAAUCUAACAAUAACCGUGCCAGGUGAAGCUUUGAGUUUGCCACUCGCAUCUGACCCCAGUCUCUCAGUCUCAGUAUCGCCUCCAGUAGCCCAUUGGGGCCCGGGGCCAGUCAACAUGCGUCUGAUCUCACACACACUCCGCAAAGGACAGGACAGUGCAGAACUCUUGGCAUUUUCUCGACCUGAAGGACCUCAGUUAUCUCUACCCGUCACUUUUAAUCGUCAGACAUCUCCUCUCUCUCCGUGCCUGCUCAUACACUUUCACGGAGGAGGUUUUGUUGCACAAACUUCAAAAUCACACGAGAAUUACCUGAAGAGCUGGUCAAAGGAUCUGAACGCUCCUGUUCUCUCAGUGGAUUACUCUCUGGCUCCAGAGGCCCCAUUCCCCCGAGCUCUAGAAGAGUGUUUCUACGCCUACUGUUGGGCUUUGAAAAACUGCCACUUGCUGGGCUCGACUGCAGAGCGUGUUUGUUUUGCAGGGGACAGUGCAGGUGGGAACUUGUGUAUAACCGUCUCUAUGAGGGCGCUAUCUCAAGGUGUACGUGUUCCUGAUGGGAUUGUGGCAGCGUACCCAGCGACUCUUCUAACAACAGAUGCAUCACCAUCCAGGCUGCUAACGUUGAUUGAUCCUCUGUUGCCUUUGAGUGUGCUGUACAAAUGCAUUGAUGCUUAUGCUGGUACAGGCUGUCAGACAAUACAACCAGCAAUGCAGUUUGACACCUUGGCUGCUUUAGGACAUGAUGCGAUGAAGUUGCUAAACAGCAUCACCCAGAAAGCGAACACUUGGUUUCUAUCUUUAACAGAAGAAAAAGAACCAUCAUUACCUUCUUCCACCACGUCAUCCAAUGGGAUUUCAACAUCCGCUCCACGCACGGAAGACAGCCCACAGGAAUCCAGAGAAUACCCAGAAAACUUUGAGCCAAUCCGCUCCAGGUGUCUGGUAGAUUUACAGACGCCUUGCACACCAAUAAUGAAGAACCCAUUCGUGUCUCCUCUACUUGCACCAGACAACCUUCUCAAGGGCCUUCCACCGGUGCAUCUAGUGGCCUCUGCUUUGGAUGCCCUGUUGGAUGAUUCAGUGAUGUUUGCCAAAAAGCUGAGGAAUAUGAAUCAGCCAGUGACACUCAGUGUGGUUGAGGACCUCCCUCAUGGCUUUUUGAGCUUAGUUCAGGUCUCCAAAGAAACCCAGGAAGCAUCUGACAUAUGUGUGAAACGAAUCAGAGAAGUCUUACAGCAAGAGGAACCAUCUCCUGCUCAUAGGCAGCCAGGGCUCAAUUAGACCAUCAGAAUGGCCUGAUGGUCCAUUGGGGUAAAAUUAGGAACUAUGGAUGAAUCUUGACCCAAAAAAACUAAAAAAGGAAGACGUGUCAGUUGUCAGCACACAUUAUGACAACACGUGUAUGGGAAACUCAAAACUUCACUGAACUUCUGGAAACAUACAUGCACUUGUAAAAUACUUGUACCAAAGUAUUUCAUUUAUGUUUUAUUUAAGAGCUAUUCAUAAUGACCUGUCACUGUAGUGAUCAAAGUGAAUGUCUGAAGCAUCAACCGACGAUUUACCAUUGUGCCUUUACUGAAGCAAUAAAAUCUAUCCAGGCUAACACAUUAACACCACAGCAAAUGACAAUGUUGCCUUUUGUGUAUGUUAUAUUUUGUUUUUAUCUAUUGAAGCUUUUUAUCUGCAUUACAAAUGGUUUGGUUUACAUAUUGUUUAUUCUGAGUUAAAGUAAAGAAAGUGGUUAUAUAAUUCACAAUCCACAACAGUUGUACAAGAUGUUUGUGUGUGAUGCUUGUAUGCUUGUUAUGCUUCCAUUAGCUAUACACGUUUGCCUGGUUUCAUAGACGAGGCUUAAGACUAGUCCCAGGCUAAAAUGAAAAUUUGAGCUGUCUUAACUGAAAAUAAAUUGCCCUGACAUAUCUUAAUGUGUUUUGUCUAAAGAUGCACACCAGUAAUGUUCUUAUCUAAGGCAUAUAUAUAAUAAAUAUAAUAAUUUAACUAAGGCCUAUCUUAAGCUAAGCUGUGUCUUUGAAACUGGGCCACUGCGUCCUUGUGUCAGUUGUCUACAACUGAGCUAAGUGUUUUAAAACUUUACCUCAUUAAAUUUUAUAAAAAAUACCUGUCAGAUGCACCAGAAUAUUAUGCAUAAAGCAAAAGUGAACACAAAAAUAAAAAAUUCUGUCAUUAUUUACUGACCCUCGCCUAUGUGUAUAUAUAUAUAUAUAUAUAUGUAUAAAUGUCAUUGUUCUUAUGAACAAACAGAAAGAUAUUUGGAAGAAUGCUUGUAACCAAACAGUUCGUGGCCACCAUUGACUACCAUAUAAAAAAAUACUUCAUACAUUUCUAUGUUCUGUUGAACACAAAAGAAGUUAUUUUGAGGAAUGUAAGGUAGUUAUGGGGUACUUUUGACUGUCACUAUCACCUUAUGGUAGUCAAGUCAUGGCCUAUUUGGUUACAAGCGUUCUUCCAAAUAUCGUUCUCCGUGUAAAUCAGAACAAAGACAUUUAUAAAGAUUUGGAACAACUUGAUGGUGUAUAGAUGAUGACAGAAUUUUUUACUUUUGUGUGAACUGUCCCUUCAAAUGUUUUUGGACAAGAACUAUUCGACCGUGACUAGUUUCC